ACAGCACGGCGUGCCAUGGCCAGCAGCGUGCUCCGCGUUGCCCCUCCGGAGGAGCUGCUGCGGCCCCUGGCCGUGCCCGAGAGGCUGCUGCUCGGCCCGGGGCCCAGCAACGUGCCCCGCCGCAUCCAGGCUGCGGGCGCCCGCCAGCUCCUGGGCCACAUGCACCCUGAAGUGCUGCAGGUGAUGGAUGAGAUCAAGGCAGGCAUCCAGUACGCCUUCCAGACACAGAACAGGCUGAGCCUGGCCAUCAGUGGCAGCGGCCACUGUGCCAUGGAGGCCGCCCUCGUCAACCUGCUCGAGCAAGGUGACACCGUGCUGGUGGCCAUCAAUGGCAUCUGGGGACAACGUGCCGCCGAUAUUGCCAGGAGGCUGGGAGCCAAUGUCUGUGAGCUGCUGAAGCCCCCGGGCAAGUACUUCACUCCACGAGACAUUGAGCAGGGCCUGGUGCAGCACAGACCUUUGGUGCUCUUCAUCACCCACGGCGAGUCCUCCACAGGGGUGCUGCAGCCGCUGGAGGGGCUGGGCGAGCUGUGCCACCGGCAUGGCUGCCUGCUGCUUGUGGACACAGUGGCAUCGCUUGGGGGAGCCCCCAUCUUCAUGGACCAGCAGGAGAUCGAUGUCCUGUACUCAGGGUCCCAGAAAGUCCUCAACGCACCCCCUGGCAGUGCCCCCAUCUCAUUCAGUGAGAGAGCCAGGGAGAAGCUGCUGAGGAGGAAGACAAAGCCCCCAUCCUUCUAUCUGGACAUGGGCUGCUUGGCAAACUACUGGGGCUGUGACGGGGAGCCGCGGAGGUACCACCACACAGCACCCAUCAACAGCUUCUUCAGCCUGCGGGAGGGCUUGGCCCUGCUGGCAGAACUGGGUCUGGAGAGCUCCUGGGAGCGACACCGGGCCAACUGCACCCUGCUGUGCCGGGGGCUGCUUGACAUGGGGCUUGAGCUCUUUGUGGAGGAGGAGGAGGCCAGACUUCCCACCAUCACCACUGUCAGGGUGCCUGAGGGCUACAACUGGAAGGACAUCACGGCCUUUCUGAUGGACAACCACGGCAUGGAGAUCGCUGGGGGCCUGGGCCCCACGGUGGGCAAGGUCCUGCGCAUCGGCCUCAUGGGCUGCAACUCAACCAGGGCCAACGUGGAGCGAGUGCUUGCAGCCCUGCGAGAUGCCCUCCAGCGCUGCCACCGCAGCCGGCUGUGA